UGCAGCAAGAAUGACUCCGAGUGUUUGCAAAGUGACUCAGACUGGCAGUGAUAAAACUAAAUUGAGGAAACCAGUGGUGGAGAAGAUGCGCAGAGAUCGUAUCAACAGAUGCAUUGAACAGCUUAAAGUUCUUCUAAAACCCGAGAUAAAAGCCAGCCAGCCCUGUUCUAAACUAGAGAAGGCUGAUGUCCUGGAGAUGGCUGUCAUUUACCUGAAGAACAACACAUGGCCACUGACAGCGUCUCCAAACGCAGACACGCAUGCGCAGAGCUACGCGGACGGCUUCUCCAGGUGCAUAGAGGAGACUGCGCGAUUCCUGUCGCUUCACAACCAGCAACCGAACACCAAAACACCUUUAAAGGGACACUUUGACAGAACCCAGCGACCCAAAUGUGUCAGUGCGCCUGCGCGUAAACACAGCUGUCAGAUGACCGGAGAGCGCGCGCUCUGGAGACCCUGGUGAUCUUCAUUCAUAGCAUGCUUGUUAUGAAGGAUCGAAGAAAACAUAGAGAAUUUACUGUUUUCUCUAUCUAAGUAAAACAUUGUUUUUAUAAAAUGUUGACGUAGGCAGCAGCUGCCAUGACGCAUAGAAUGUACCAGUCUACCCCAUGCCUGAAUCUGAGAGCACGUGUAUCCAUCGCUUUACUUCACCCGUGUGGAGAUUAACUUCAUUUACAUAUUGUAAAAGAGGGCUGUCACCUCUGUAUGUUUCUGCUGAAAUAAUCUUUUUAAUGAGAUUUGUAACCGUUAGAGGUGUUAAAUCUGUCAUAUUGACGGAGUGUGUAAAAUUGUCUCAUGUUGAGUUCGAUAGAAUA